AUGGCCUUUGGCCGCGAAAUUUGGGCCGUGAAUUGGGGGCCUUUGCCGCGAAAUUUUGGCCUUUGGCCUCAAAGCUUGGGCCUGCGGCUGCAUGCGCAUGUCAGUCUCUUCGGUGAGCCACUGGACGGGCCUUUCCCGAAUGUGGAACGGCUACAAGGCUUUCCGCGCCUCUACACUUCUGCUGCAUGGGAAGAUGUCUUUCCGAGUGUGGAGAGGUUCCACGAGGCCCUUGCCUUCCUGGGUCCUCACAGCCGGCACGAUGGCUACGUGGAUCGCUUUGACCUGGAGGCCGCCCUCCGGAGGCUGGACAUCUUCAUCUCACCCCAGGAUCUCGACAGCCUGGCCUCCUCACCCGCUUCCGUCGACCUCCUGCAGCUGACGCUUCAACGUAUUUCAGAAAGCCGACGCUUCAGGAGUUACUACGCGCCGCCAAAGGCAGAAGCCCGAUCGCCAAGUUUGUCGGGGCUUCACCGCGCGCGCGGCAGCGCAGAUCGACGCUGGGCGGGCGAGGGUGUGCCGCCAGGGGAACCCGGGCUGGGCUUCCCCUGGGCCGCGCGGUAUAGGGCCUUAGAGGCUUAA